AUGUUAAACGCUAAUUCAGACUCAGCUGAGAAGCAUAAAAUCCAACAGUAAUAAGAUUGUGGUCAGGAUGAGACUGAUGCCAGAUAUGAACGCAUGGAGAAACUUGGCGAAGGUACCUAUGGUAUUGUUUACAAGUCUAGAGAUAGAGAAACAGGUGAGAUAGUUGCACUUAAGAAAAUACGCCUUGAACAUGCAGAUGAGGGAAUCCCAAGUACCGCAAUAAGGGAGAUUGCCUUACUUCAAGAGCUGAGACAUUAAAAUAUUGUUCACCUUAAGGAUAUUGUACAUGGAGAGAACAAACUCUACCUGAUAUUUGAAUACUUCAACUUAGAUCUCAAAAAAUACCUUGACUAGAAUGGUGGACCCCUGACAACACCAACUGUUAAGUCAAUGUUGUACUAGCUUCUCUAGGGUCUAGUGCAUUGUCACAAGAGAAGGAUUAUGCACAGAGACUUAAAACCAAGUAAUCUUUUGAUAGACUCUAAGGGCUAGCAUCUAAAAAUAGCAGAUUUCGGUCUAGCUAGAACAUUUGGUUUACCACUGAAAUCUUAUACUCACGAGGUAGUAACGCUAUGGUAUCGCGCACCAGAAAUAUUACUCGGCCAAAAGGUUUACUCCACUGCCGUUGAUAUGUGGUCAGUAGGUUGCAUAUUCUACGAAAUGGCACAUAAAAGACCACUCUUCUAUGGCGAUUCAGAAAUAGGUUAGAUUUUCAAAAUUUUCAAGAUAAUGGGCACUCCAAGUGACGAAACAUGGCAAGGAAUCGGUGAGCUUCCAGAAUUCAAGUUCACCUUUCCACACUGGAAAGUAGAUGCAUAUCAGAAUUUGACGAAAUUGAGUCAAAACAUGGAUGAAACUGCAAUUGAUUUAUUAAGCAAAAUGGUAUAACUGGAACCAAGCAAAAGAAUUUCUGCUAAAGAAGCAUUAAAUCAUCCCUAUUUUAACGACUACAGACACUAAUCUAAUUUUAACUAUCACUAGCAGUCAUCAGAUCACUGCGUUGACCUCAUUUGA